AUGGCGGGUUGGAGAGUUUGCGGGUGCACACACCUGAACAUCAGCCUGCAGGCAGAGUACGACACGCGCCGCGACGUGGAGUUUGCUAAGGACGCCCCCGUCAUCGGCCUGGUGAUGCAGCGCUCCCACCUGGUCACCGGCGACGAGGGCCACUACGCCGGCGUGGUGAUGGAGCUGGAGGCGCGCGGCGCCAAGGUGGUGCCUGUGUUUGCCGGCGGCCUGGACUUCUCGUCCCCCGUGAAGAAGUUCUUCUACGACCCCCUGGGCAGCGGCAAGGCCUUCGUGGACUGCUGCGUCUCCCUCACAGGCUUUGCGCUGGUGGGUGGCCCCGCGCGCCAGGACGCCCCCAAGGCCAUCGAGGCCCUCAAGGAGCUCAACGUGCCCUACCUCGUGUCCCUGCCCCUGGUCUUCCAGACCACGGAGGAGUGGCUCGGCAGCGAGCUGGGCGUGCACCCCGUCCAGGUGGCGCUGCAGGUGGCGCUGCCCGAGCUUGACGGCGCCCUGGAGCCCAUCGUCUUCGCCGGCCGCGACUCCAACACCGGCAAGAGCCACUCGCUGCCCGACCGCGUCGCGACGCUGUGCAUGCGCGCGGUCAACUGGGCGCGGCUCCGCAAGAAGGCCAACGCCGAGAAGAAGCUGGCCAUCACAGUGUUCAGCUUCCCGCCGGACAAGGGCAACGUGGGCACAGCCGCCUACCUCAACGUGUUCGGCUCCAUCUUCCGCGUGCUCAAGGAGCUGCGCAAGGAGGGCUACAACGUGGGCAGCCUGCCCAUGAACGAGACCGAGCUCAUCCAGAGCGUGCUGCAGGCCAAGGAGGCCAAGUUCAACUCCAGUGACCUCAACAUCGCGUACAGGAUGCCCACGAGCGAGUACACCAAGCUGUGCGAGUACAGCGAGGCGCUCGAGGAGAACUGGGGCAAGCCCCCCGGCAACCUCAACUCUGCUGGCAACGACCUGCUGAUCUACGGCAAGCAGUUCGGCAACGUCUUCAUCGGCGUGCAGCCCACCUUUGGCUACGAGGGCGACCCCAUGCGCCUGCUGUUCAGCCGCAGCGCCAGCCCCCACCACGGCUUUGCGGCCUACUACACCUACUUGGAGAAGAUCUUCAAGGCGGACGCGGUGCUGCACUUUGGCACCCACGGCUCCCUGGAGUUCAUGCCCGGCAAGCAGGUGGGCAUGUCUGGUGUGUGCUACCCUGACAGCCUGAUCGGUGCCAUCCCCAACCUCUACUACUACGCCGCCAACAACCCCAGGCCACCAUCGCCAAGCGCCGCUCCUACGCCAACACCAUCAGCUACCUGA